AUGACGGUUCUUACCACUCUUGUUGGUGUCGCGGCAGCUGGAUUGGCCACCUUUUCUCAAGCCUCGCCUGUAGAGACAAGAGCGCCACUCGAGGUUUCGAACGCAAAGUCCUCCCUGACGCUCAUCUAUCAAAACAACCUUAAUGCGUCGGACGACAAGAACCAUAUCGGUGCUAUCAUCCUCGAUCCUGUUCCACAGAGCAGUGCUGCUGCCGCUUGCGCCUCGCUGAACGAGAAGCUCAUCUCCAAGGCUACUCUCCAAAAGUACCAGGAAGACUUCAACGAUGCUCUCUCAUAUCAGGACUACGCCAAGUACAGCGAUGCGGAGCGAGGUUAUUACAUCGACAAUGGCGUCGUUUCCGUCGGCAACCGAGUGAGCUACUCAUCCUCUUCGAACUCUAAGAAGCAACUGCCAGUAUUAUGCACGCAAUCCGCCAAUAAUGGUUCAUCGACCGUCGGCCCCGUGAACGGCAGCACCAUCUCGGUAGCAUCUGGAGGGAAUACUUUCGUCGGAUACCGCAAUCAGAAAUCUUUCAGAUUCAUGGGCAUUCGAUAUGCGGAGCCGCCUAAGCGUUUUGAGUACACUUCCAUCUACUCCAAAAAGGGACAGACGAUACAGGCAACCGAAUACGGUUCCCAGUGUCUACAGGGUGGCGGUGGAAGCGAGGAUUGCUUAUUCCUGAACAUUCAAACGCCUUAUAUCCCCAAGUCCGGUUCGAAGAAGCAGCUACGACCUGUGCUGUUUUGGAUUCAUGGUGGAGGCUUCACUGGAGGCACUGGUUCUGAUGCAGGCUCUGAUGGUGGAAACUAUGCAAGCAAAGAAGACAUCGUCGUUGUCUCCAUUAACUACCGACUUUCAACACUGGGAUUUCUUGCAGUUCCUGGAACUAACAUCAAGGGAAACUUUGGUAUUGCAGAUCAGAUUUUAGCUCUAGACUGGGUCAUUGCAAAUAUUGCUUCUUUCGGUGGUGACCCAAACCAGAUUACAAUAUCUGGAGGGUCUGCCGGCGCUGGCUCAGUGCGUACGCUCUUGGGAUCACCAAAGGCCAUCGGAAAAUUCCAAGGUGCGAUUGCCGCAUCUAACCUUGGAGGAGGCGUUACACUGGGCUUGGAUGGCGACUAUGGAACAACGUACUCGACGUAUUACACGAUUGACCAAAGCUACAACGUUGCUGGACCUCAGAUAUUUGCCGCUGCGGGUUGCAACAGCACAGAUUUGUCGGCCCAAGUCGCCUGCCUUACCCAAGCGAAUGCGACACAGAUAGUAGGCUUCAAUACCGUGGCCCGCUAUGUCGUGCAAGACGGAACCAUCGUCAACACACCCCACCUGGUUCUCUCUACGCGCAAUUCCAGUACAGCACAUAUCCCGGUCAUAUUCGGAGUGGUUGAAAACGACGGUGCAUCCUUCUCUACUUAUCCUAAAGCACCCAUCGCAAACCAUACCCAAGGUCUGGAAGAGGCUCUCGGUAUCAAUAGCACCUGGGCGAACCGAGUUAUCCAGUCCGGUCUUUUUCCCUUUACCAGUACCGGAAACCUGACACUCGACUCUUUUAACGUCUCUCAACGCGUUGCUACAGACAAGACAUUCCGCUGUGCCGACCAGUCCACCGUCUACUCUGGCGUUCAGUCGCACGCUUUCGAGAAAGCGUACUUCUACCAGCUCAACCGCGCCACUGGAGGUUACGAUCCCAACAACCUUGGCGGUCCUGCAAAUGAGAACCCAAACAACCCGUACUUCCGCUUGCACGGUGCGGACAUGCCAUGGACGUUUGGUAACCUGGGCUACAUCCGCAACCCUGAGGAUCUGUGGAGUGUUCAACUUACCACCAGCUACUUUGCUGCCUUUGUGAAGGGAGGUAAUCCUAACCCCAGCCUUCAGUACCUGGAUGCGAGAGGGUACGACAAAGUCAUUGAGGGUGUGAAGAAGUUCGGACAGUGGGGCCAGGUCACUGCUGCUACAGGCAAUGAGAUUAGGUUGCUCGACUGGCCAAGUAAGAGCGCAGGGUUUCAAGAUGUUCCGCAAUGCGAUUGGCUUGGGUAUCCACUCGAUUACUAUCUUAAAGGAGGAAUUUAA